UUCACAAACAAAUCCAUCUUCCAUAGCUCAAACACUUCAUACUUUCUACUUUCUAAUUAGCUCUUGUUUUCUUCUCAAUUACGCAAUUGUUGUGAAUUAUUGUUUCCUUUCACCGAUCGACGACGACAUGGCUCUCUCUUUCUCCACCGCCAAGCUCGUCGCCGACAGAAUCUCCGUCGCUGUGAGGCGCGGGUACGCCGCCGCGGCGGCGUCGCAGGGAGGAGUGUCCGGCGGCGGGGUGAUGAAGAAGGCCGGAGAAGCGUCGAGAAAGGAAACUUCGUGGGUGCCGGACCCCGUCACCGGGUACUACCGGCCGGAGAAUAUCGCCAAGGAGAUGGACGCGGCGGAGAUGAGAGCGGCUCUGAUCAAGAACAAAAUUAGACGAAACAUCUCCAGCAGCUUAAUUAGCUUUUGUUUUCUUCUCAAUUACGCAACUGUUGUGAAUUGUUGCCUUUCAGCGAUCGUCGACGACAUGACUCUCUCUUUCUCCACCGCCAAGCUCGUCGCCGACAGGGUCGCCGUCGCUGUGCGGAGGGGGUACGCCGCCGCCGCGGCGUCGCAGGGAGGAGCUUCCGGCGGCGGGGUGAUGAAGAAGGCCGGAGAAGCGUCGAGAAAGGAAACUUCGUGGGUGCCGGACCCCGUCACCGGGUACUACCGGCCGGAGAAUAUGGCGAAGGAGAUGGACGCGGCGGAGAUGAGAGCGGCUCUGCUUAACAACAAAAUUAGACGAAACUGAAAAGUAUUGAGUAUAAGGAGAGGUGAAAUAGACUCAUCUAUUACUCACAAUUGUCACAAGUUCUCAAUUAACCCCUUUGAUAUAAAAUAAGAGUUAAUUUAAUAUAUAAAAUUUCUAAUAUUAUCGUAUUUACCAA